CCAAACAGACUAUAAUGUUGGCCUUGACUUCAGUUGACUUUGUCUUUAUUGUAGCAUUUCUUUCGUUGGCAUAUAAGUACUUCAGUUGUGCUUCAAGUUCUAACAGUUCAACUAGAACAAUCUCUUAACCCUCUCUCAAACUCCUUCAGAAUCCCCCUUUCCCAGUUCCCAACUUCAUUUCAAAUCAAUAUGAAGAAAAUUGUGCUAAAGUUGGAAAUCCAUGACGACAAAACCAAGAAAAAGGCCAUGAGGGCAGUAUCUGGUAUUUCAGGGGUGGAGACAGUCUCAGUGGACAUGAAUGACCUGAAAAUGACUAUAAUUGGGAAUGUUGAUGCUGUAAUAGUAGUUGGCAAGCUUAGAAAAUGUUGUGAUCAUGCUGAUAUACUAUCAGUUGGACCAGCCAAAGAGGAGAAGAAAGAGGAACCAAAGAAAGAUGAGAAGAAGCCAGAAGACAAGAAAGAUCCAAAGGAGGAAUAUGCUGAACUUCUGAACGCCUUUUAUAAUCAGACCAGACAGCAGCAAUACCCCCCUUAUUAUCACAGAACAGUGGAAGAGGAUCCAACUAGCUGUGUUAUUUGCUAAGUAUUGGAAUAUCAUAUGGAGUUUGAAAUGAUGGAUAAUAAAAUGAGAUCAAGAAAAGAUGGUGGCUGCAUGGAGUUGAAGAAGAAUUAUGUUUCUUUUGGAGUUCCCUUUUUCCUUCUUUUCUUUCUUAUGUUUUGGUCUUUCAGGCUUUCCUCUUGUUUUAGUUCAUAAAAGAAAAGAAAAAAAAAGGAGUCUAAAACUGAGAUAUAUAAUAUGUAAAUUAUUUUGUGGUGUAGUACAAUCAAUGUAUUCAAAUUUCUGGCAGUGAGAAAUUGGUUUUAUUAAAUUCAGGUGUUCAAUUCUUA